AUGGGCGCCAUCAUGGCCUACAUCCCUGUCAUGCUGUCUGUGUUGCAGCAUGGGUGCCGACACAAGGUAGUGGAGCCCAGAGCUAGAAACCGGAGUCUAUACAGCACAGUUUUCGGAGCCAAAGAAGGGAAUGCCUUUAUGUCGGAGCUUGGCAGUAAAAGUGGAAUGGUACAAGAUCGCCAGGAACUGGGGCUGGAGUAUCCUGGGUUACGGCUGGAGUGCAUGGUCUAG